AUUGUGAUCGAGGCUUAUCUGCACUUUGCCCUGCCACAGUUAAGCUGUAAGCACUAUUUUUUUAAUGGGGAUAGAUGCCUCUCCUAGGUAGUAAAGUGGAAUUUCGUGAUUUGGUGUAGCCGAUUUAUUAUCUGAAGAUUUAAGGCAUUGAAACUUUUAAGAGUAGAUAAAUUCUUACACGCUUCUUGGGUCUUGUUCGUCUAUCGUGCAACCUCGCCACCAACCUGUGGAAUUCGGGCAAUGUUCAGUUUGUUUUGAUUUUGCAUAAUUUUUUAACACACGUGCGUCGUCCGGUGUCUUUUGGUGUUUCUCUCCCAUAGUUUUAUACAUGGGGGACACCGAAAUAUCCUCCAUAAUUGAAGCCUCUAGAGGUAUGGGAAGUGAGAAAAUUACGGAAAGGCGAAAAAAUGCAGAAACUAUUAAUAGAUUGUUGGGCAAUCAAAACUACAUUGCAAUUUUGGACGGUAACACUGAUACAAGUCAUGGAUUUACGUGGAACGAUAUAUUCAACGCGGCAGUAACUUACAUGAGCAAGGAAGUGGACAAGUUUAAACAGGAUGAAGCUAAAGGUGUUGGGAUCAGUCAAACUCAAAAGACUCUGAGAGAAAACCAGCUUCAACUCAGCGCAAAUUGCCUCUUAAAUGUCAUAGUUUUGGCAAGUGAACGGAAACCUAGGCUUGAUGUAGAGGCAGUUUUACACCAUUGCUUGACAGCACUAAAAGAUCCAUUCAUGUUGGAAAAAUUUGGCAGAGAUCACUUAACUGUUCUAAAUCGUGAAAUAUUGUCCAGAAGAGGAUACUGGUCAAAACUAAAGCCAAAUGCCUGGCUCAGUAUUUUCCUUAUAAGUUUGAAAAUACUGCGAAGCCAACUUCCCAACAAUGUUACUUAUGUCUCCUUAGCUAAUCUCCUGAAUUAUGUAAUGUGCCAUGGUACUCUUCAAUCAGACAUCUCACUUAAAGUGAGGAAAAAGUUGCAGUUUUUUGUAGACAACCUUAACAACAAAACUGUACUUCAAAAAGAGCAUUUUCUGGUUAAAAUCUGGAUAGAUUCAGCUAUUCAGUUGGCUUUUGCUGUAGGCUGGGAAGAUAGGUUUCUUUUGUGUAAACUGACUGAAGCCACUCUAAACACAAUCCUUGAUCUCUGUCACGAUCACCUAGAAGUCAUCGACCUAAUAGUCCAGUACUCGCUCCUUGCUGUGAUUGCCCAUCACCCCUGCGGAAUCGAAACAAAUGAAAUUGGCUUUAUGGUCGCAGGAAAUGCAGAUGAUUGGUUGCGAACUAUGCGUCGAUUGCAUAGUUUGAUCGACUUCAUUAUCAAGACAAACAGGCAACGAAACAAGACAGCGGAGAAGAAAGUCUUUGACCUGGAACAAAACACGGUUACUCUGGCUGUCCGUGUGGCUCGGCAAAUCUUUUCAUUGCCAGAUUUCAGCAUGGACGUCACCCGUAUGGGCAUUAUGGAUGAAACGUCUACUUCACAAGUUUCUGGCCCAUCAACCAAGAAAAAACGCUUGAUGUCGGGUCUUUCGGAAUUGAUCGAUCGUUUGAGGACGAUGGGAGCUACUAACGAAUCCAUUCCAUUGCUUCAAAUUACUACGCAUUUUGUCGCAGUUUAUCCCGAGUUUUCUCAGACUCACGAGAUGAAAGAGUUGCUCAACUACGUUGCAGACGUUACUCACGACUGUCGUCAAUACGAGAUGAUGUCUCACUGCUUCAAAUUAUUUCGUAUUGUGUGCAUCGCCUUGUUCGAACAGCGACCAGACAGCAAGGAAUUGAUCCAAUCUUCUCUUCAGUUGGAUAACGUGGCGAAACUGUGGGAAUCUGCAUUCAAAUGUGUGGUAGCACAUCAAUGUCACAAAGAAAGCUUCCUUCUAAUGGCGACUUUGCUACUUUACCGACUACCUUCGGUACCAAUGGCCCGUCAAAUCACCCAACUAUUAGCCAGACCUGGCGGUUCCAUCCCGUGCGAUCGUCAUUCCAUGCUAUGCUUAGCUGCCUUUCUUCAUCGCUACAUCUUACCUGACCAUUCCUUUAUUCGGCCAUUAGAAGUUAACUUCAAAAGUUCUUCAAGCUUAAUCUGGAACGCAUGGGGGGACCCGGUUGGUGAUCGCUCUAUCCGUUUAAUGUUAACGGAAUGGCUAUUAAAUUGCAGGGGCAAAGAAUAUGACUCAACAGCGGAUCUUCAUUUCGGGUUACUAGCUGCCCUCGCUAUGAAGCAACCAAUCGUCCAAAGGAAAGCCAUUUGCUCCCAACUGUCCCAACUUGCAACCCAAACACAGUUUGAUUCUGAAUGUCAUCGUCUAGAAUCCAAAUUCCGUUUUAUCGAAUUCCUGAACGGGGACCAAUCGGUUCUAGCACAGACCCCUAACUCUAGUACAUUAAGGCCACUGACCAACUACCCAAUGUCGUCAACAGUCCUGGAAGAACAAAAUGGAUUGAUCGUUGAUCUCCUCAUUCGGAUGGCACUUCAUAUAGAAAAUUACAAGAAGAUAGUCAGCGAUCUGCUUUCGGCACUAGAUGACGCUAUUCUUUUGCUGUCAUUGGUGCGUAACUUUGUUUUGUUUGGUUUAGCCUCCGACACGUCCCAACUCCGCGAAAAUGCUGUGUUGCUUGUCAAAUCCAUUUUCGCCCUUAUCUUGUCCGAAGAAACUAUUUACUCGCGUCGAUGUCUUCAAACUUUCACCGCCAUGUUCAGCACUGAGUCAAAUGGACAACUUGGUGAAGAUUUUUUGCGUUCGAUCGUCUGGGACCUAUGUUUCGGGAAACUUGUGAGCGUUUCUUCACGCACCGAGUCAAAAGAUGACACUUUCGGGGAAAUCCGUCGAGGUGGCGCAAGCCAUCCUUCGAUUCCACUGGCCGAUCAGACUCAAGAGGAGAAGAAAACAAGCUUGUUCGAUCCUUGUCUGCUAACAGACCACGAAGCAUGGCAUGUUGAGUUGUAUCGUUUAUUGGCUAUCGUUUCCAGUCCUACCGAUCCUUCCGAAGCAGUUCGUCAAGUUUACUGCACCAUGAAAACGGAUUUAUUGCGAGCGUUAGCAAAUGCUGGGACGGAUCCGGCUUCCUAUUAUCAUCUUCAGUUGAGCAUCUGUUUACUUCAGGCCUAUUGUCGGGCGCCUUUGCAAGCAUUAGACGCCGUUCUCGUCAUGGAUAUGGUCGAUUUGCUAUCAGGAUUAGGCCACCAAUUCAUUUACGAUUACGAAGCUGCAUCCACCGUUCUGCGUUUACUUCCUGUCAUUACCCCUCAUGUAUCCAAUGUUGGUUGUUCAUCUUCCAAAGCCAAAAUCGUCAGCUUAUUCCUCCGCUUUCAAACGGACAUCCAGGAAGAUAUGUUCGGCCCUCCAGUUGAAGAAGCAUUUUACCAAUGCCUUGCAAGUCUUCCACCAGCAGCCAACUGGCUUAAAUGGGGUGCUGGAACAAUUGAAUCGACAGACUCUGUAUACCCAAUUUGCAUCGAAGCAUUAGCUGGACUCAGCCGUCCAUUCAACUCCACAGCGAUGGCCACCAGUCUAGCCCUACAUCAGCUGUUUGACUACGGUGACACUGUGUCGACAAGUUGGCAAGACAGUCUGUUGGCCGCCCUUUCAUCUACUGUUGUCACCAAAGAAUUCAUUAAAGUCGAUGAACAAAGAGAUGUUGCAAUCCGAUCCGCAUCAGUCCUUCAACUACUGUGUUCUGUGAUCGUCAAAAGCCCUUGGGCCGAGAAAACGGUAUUGGUUAUGAUGCUACGUUUUACUCGUUAUCAUUCCGUUGAAACUGAUACUCUCCAACGUGCCUUGGAACUAGCAGCGCGCCAACUCAAUCUGGACUAUCACGGGUGGCUCGAGUCCCGACUUGAAUUUCUGUUGGAUCGGUGGCUCGACAACGAAGAAUUGGAACAUUUUCCAUUCGGCAUUUAUCACACUAGAUCGAUUAGUUCCAGCCUAAUCGAUUUUGUGGAGAAAAACAAAGAAGUUGUCGUGCCAAUCAUGUUUUUGAAAAAAGAGGCGCAAAAGAUGGCUCAUUUAGCGCAAUUGAUGAGUGUGGAUGUGGCAGAUUUGGUGUGUCAGCACCUCGCUGCCAUCAUGGCAAAAAUUUUGCCCCUUCUCUCUGAAGCCAAGUUGAAAGGACCUGAAGUGCCAGUGACACUUAACCGCUUUGCACAGACUAAAUAUCAAGAGAUACAGCAACUUGUACUAGAUCGAAGUCGCAUAAGUCAAGCUCUUAAAAGCAAUUUACUGGAAUUAACAAGUCGUCUUUUCUGUGGUGUUCACGAUGCCAGCGUAUCCGCCCAGCUGUUCGGUCCAGAAAUCAUUCUUCCGCUCACCGGAUCUUUCCGCUUUGAAAAAUCCGCUGUUAUCGAUGCAAUUCGACACUUUUCACCUGAUGUUAUUGCUGAUAUUAACACUGAACCAUUUGAAAAUUUUGUCCUGUGGACGGCAACGCAUCCGUGGGAAGUCCACACUCUGCUUGUCGAAUUAUUUGUCGCCUUUGAGACGGGCUGUCGAUUGACAGACAAACAACAAGCUUUAGUCAACCUUUCGGUAGCGUCGGAUUUACUAGUCAGCUCUAUGGAAGAAAACCAACAGUCGAUGCUCUUGUACGUUUUCUAUUCAAUCGUUCAUCGGAUGGGGCACAUCAUCCGGAAAGAAGAGACGGACGAAACGUUACGGCGAGGUGCACUGGUCAUCGUGAAAGGACUCAUUGUUAAGAUCAUAAAGACAUGUCCACAUAUCGUCACCCAGCUGGUGGUGACAAUUGUCGGCUUCAUCACUCCUUUGGCGAAAGCUUCUAAUGGACUCCAGUGGCUAGCGUUGGAUAUACUGGAACUCCUGAUUGUGGAACACGGUGAUAAAUUGGAAAAUUCAACAGAUCAGUUGAGUCCUUUUCCCAAUUUACCACAGUUUGCCCGUUUGUCCCGGGCAUUGGAAAACAAACGGCAAAACCGGAGUCGCUCACUUGAAGAAGAGAUCGUCGUCUUUUUGGGUUUAGUAACUCAAUUGGGAUAUGACGAUAUCCCAGUUGAAAGCGUGGAAAACCUUGCGAAACUAUUGGCCAAGCGGAAGAAGGAACUGACGGAACUCUACGCAAAACUAGAAACUGGAAAUGGCUCGUCUUCCGACUGCAUCCGCAGUACUAUACAUCGCCUCGUUUGCAGUUUGAUCCAGCUUGGCAAAACCAAACCGAAUUUAACGGAGGCAGUUGCAGUCGCUCUAGGAGAAUUGGGACCAGCCGAUUUGACGACGUUGAUCCUUCAACCGGACACUCCCGUUCCCGAUACAACAACCGUACAGGGUCAGAUGGAACACCAUGCUCAAAAUCAUUCCACCCUCCAAUUGGCCGUGACCGUCUUCCCAAUGCUGGUGCGAUACUUGUUCACCGGCGAGAGCAUCCAGUUACUCAGCUUGUCCGGCCAGGUCAUGCUAGCAGCUAUGGAUAGCGUAGAAGGCCAGCAAUUUGUCCUGCUAGCAAAUAAAUAUUCUUGGCCGUCUCGUGAUCUGAUUCUACCAUUCCGGAUCAAGGCGCAAAAAGAUAAGAAAAGUCUAUUUGUGGAUAUGCAGUACUUUGACAACAAUGUUGAUGACAGUUUACUAUGGACCCAAGCAGGACAUUCUUCGUGGCUAGUCCGGCUGACCUGCACACUUAUAAGUGCAUUCAGUCCGCCCAAUUUCUACGCCACUCUUUUGCCGGUUUGUCGUCUGCAACCAGAAUUCUGUUCGGCUCUAUUGCCGUUUGUUGUUCGCGCGAUGCUGACGAGUGGCGAGCAACGCAUCCAAAGUGUUAUCUCAACGCACAUCAAUGCUGUUUUAGACCCGUCCAACAAUAUGGCCGAAUCGUCUGUCAAGACUAUCCUUCAAAUUGUGCAGCACCUGCGGUCCCAGAAAGGUGAAAAGAAAACAGAUUCACCGUGGGAGCGAAAUUUCCGGCUUAGUUUGAAUUAUCUCGAUGCCGCCAGAGCAGCCCAGUCGUGUAAGGCUUAUUUCAGCACGAUAAUGUAUGCCGAAAUUUGGCUGGAUCGGUUGAAUACGACUGGCCAUUCGGAGCCACUAAAAGAUGCCGGAGAUAGUGGUUACAGGAAAAUGCAACCUGUUCAAGAUUUGCUAUUUGAAGCUUACACUUGCACAGGUGAACCAGACGGCCGAACUGGAUUUCAGUCUUUACCUGACAUCCGCCGCUAUGAACAAGAAUCGGACUGGUUCCGCGCUCUCGAAUUCUACGAUUCCCAGGCGUCUUACACGGACCCUGAAGAUCAACAGACUAUGAAAUUAUCCGCCUUGUCACGAUGUGGCCUCUACCGAACACUAUCCGAUGUUACCUGCAAUCAAGACAACCCAGCCAUCAGGGAAUAUCAAUAUGAAUGCGCUUGGCGUCUUUCGAACUGGGACCAACGUCACGAAGCAGAAAAGGAAGAGAAAGCAGGCUUUCAGCAAUUACUUUUCAAUUCGCUGGUCGCCUUGAAACAGGGUGAUAAAUCUGAACUGAUUCACAAUUUAUCGCAGUCACGUGCUCACGUUAUCGACCAGCUACGUCAGGCUGGUAGUUUAGAAAGUUGCCGGAUUAUCUACCCUGCCUUGACGUUGUUACGAUUGGUCUGCGACGUGGAGGAUAUCAGCCAGUCCGACAAACAACUAACUGUUCUCAAAGAGAAGUGGACACAGGAUCGUUUAACUGUUAACGAUUUCAGCUAUGUAGAGCCAUCUUUGACUUUGCGUGCGGUUAUGUUGAAAGAGCUUUUGCCACGCUCUACGGAAACCACAACAGCUUUAGUCGACACUUUGCUGGAGACUUGCCAGAAAGCCCGUCAGUAUGGUAAUUAUCCUGUUGCCGGACGCUGCCUGACCCAACUAUCGACACUCACCGCUCGUAAUAAAGAUCUGCAGAUGAAGUUUCAUUUGGAAAAGGCGUUGACUGAAUGGCAACGUAAAGACGGAGAUCAGGCAUUGAAUACGUUACGCUCCUUGGCCGCUACGCUGGAAGGCGAUGCGAUUCCUCAUCCAAUUUAUCCGCGAGUUUUGAAUCUUCUCGGCCAAUGGCUGCAUGAAACGCGCUCCGAGAAUCCUCGUCAAAUUCUGUCCCUCUACUUCCGUAAAUCUCUUGAUGCGGCUGUCGCCGCACAGACACGUCACAAAUGGAGCGGAUUUGAAGGCAAAGAAAAUCCAUCUGCCUACAACGUUUCAGAAGCGCGUCAGAUUCUUGCAACCUAUGCCGAUUCACUUUACAAAGACCUGCAAAGCUACAUCGAAUCCAGGGACUUUGAGACGCAACAAAAACUUGCCAAAAUCCGGCAGGGUCAGGCAGCCGAACUGAAAAAACUGAAAGCCAGCGCUACGGAAGGAAACAAGAAUGAAGUCAGACGUGCCAAUCUCUUCAUGACAAACGAAACGACGAAUGACAUGUGCGAGUUUGAUACCUUGUUCAAGGAACGAGAAUCGUAUUUGCUGGAAGCUGUCGAAAACUAUUUAAUCGGAAUUCGACAAGAGACAGGAGGCGAGAACAAAAAUAUUUCUUUUGAUGUGAGAAUAUCGCGACUGAUUUCUCUAUGGUUCGACAAUCGAGCCAACGGCAAUCUCACGGAAUUGAUGACGAAAUGGGUAGCCCAGAUACCUUCAUAUCACUUCAUACCUGUACUGCCGCAGUUGGCUGCUCGUCUAGUAUCUAAACCGAAUCCACAACUGUAUCACGACGAUUUUCCCAAAUUGUUGCAAAAUUUAAUGGAAAAAUGCGCGGUGGAACAUCCUCAUCACACGCUUCCUGUCAUCUUAGCUCUUGCUAUGACCAACAAAGAUAAGGAAAUCGAAGAAGGAUCUCGAUCAGCGAACCAUCAGCCGGAUGAAGAUCGUGUGACUGCAGCUAAGAAGCUGUUACAGAAAGUUGAAAAAAGACCAGAGAUCGGGGAACUUUGCAGAAAAUUGGAGCAGCUUCAUUUAAGUUUGAUCCAGCUAGCUAAUAAGGAAGUGAACCCUAAGGAUCGAAGUUUAGAGGCACUCAAGCUUCCGUCCGAAUUGCGUGACAUAAAAAAUAUGGAGGAUGUAGUUAUCCCUACUUUCCCGCUAGCAGUGAAUCCCAAUGGCGUUUACCAAAAAGAUCAGGUGGUAGGUAUCGUCUCAUUUGAUCCCACUUUCAUGCUGGUGGGCGGUAUCAAUGCUCCUAAGAAAAUGGCCUGUUUGGGUACGGACGGUAAGACCAGGCCCAUGCUACUCAAAGGGAAAGAUGAUUUACGUCAAGACGCUGUUAUGCAGCAAGUUUUCUCCACCAUGAAUCUGUUUCUGGAACGAGACGAGCAGGCACGCCGACGCAAACUAAACAUUAGAAAGUACAAAGUGGUUCCCCUAUCUAGAAGAAGUGGAUUGCUGGAAUGGUGUGAAGGAACGAAUCCUAUUGGAUGUUAUCUGAUGGGUAAAGAUGGCAAGUCCGGCGCGCAUUCGCGUUACGCCAAGCCGGGUGACCUGGGGACCGAGGAGGCCAGAAAAGAAAUGGCAAACUUGAGUAACAUUAAAAACUCAGACCAGCGUUUUCAACGCUUCCAGGAGAUUUGCGCACGCUUCCCACCUGUAUUUCGUCAUUUUUUUCUGGAACAAUAUUCAACGCCAUCGAUUUGGUUCGAAAAACGAACAACGUACACACGCAGCGCUGCCGCGUCUUCCAUGGUUGGCUAUAUCCUUGGUCUGGGGGAUCGUCAUCUACAGAACAUUCUCAUCGAUGAACAUACAGCCGAGCUAAUCCAUAUUGAUCUUGGUAUUGCCUUCGAUCAAGGGACGGUUUUGCCCAUUCCAGAAACGGUUCCGUUCCGUCUGACUCGUGACAUAGUAGACGCUAUGGGCGUUAUGGGUGUAGAGGGUAUAUUUCGCCGAUGCUGUGAAUUUACUAUGGAGGUAAUGCGGAAACAGCAGGAUAGUAUCUUAACUCUACUGGAAGUACUUCUCUACGACCCGCUCUACGUAUGGACAGUAACACCGCAAAAAGCGGCUGCCUUGCAACAAAAGCAACGCAAUUUGAGCAAACGUCGCGAUUCAUCUGCAAUAGGCACCCUCCCCGAAGAAGGGUCCGUCGAUACGGAAAUAAACGAGUCAGCCAAACGUACACUAGUUCGACUGAGUCAGAAGCUUAGAGGAGUGGAGAAGGGAACUCCUCUGUCGGUGCGAGGUCAAGUCAACUUACUCAUCCAGCAGGCCAAAGAUCCAGCUAAUUUGUACCGUAUUUUCCACGGAUGGAGACCACAAGCUUGAAAAGCUACUUUUGCCAACGUUUGCUGUUUUCAGUAUUUCAUUUUUCAUUACAAAUUUUUUCUUUCUGGUGAGGGGUUUUCCUUUUUUUUUUAUUUUUUUUUUCGCCACAGUUAUCGCCCACAGAAAUCGUGUUUUGAUAUUUCGUUUACUGAGAAUUAUAAUAAAAGAAAAGAAGGUCCUCUCCCAGGAGAGGAACCCAAAGCA